GUGGGAGAUGCCGGAAAAGACAGCUGCGGCUAACGGCGACGCUCCAAGAUGGCGGAGGUGGAAGAGGUGACCGAGGGCUGCCGGCUUCCGGUGCUGCGGCGUAACCAGGACAACGAGGACGAGUGGCCGUUGGCCGAAAUCCUCAGCGUCAAGGACAUCAGCGGCCGGAAACUCUUCUAUGUCCACUACAUUGACUUUAACAAGCGUCUGGAUGAAUGGGUGACUCACGACCGGCUGGACUUGAAGAAGAUCCAGUUCCCCAAGAAGGAGGCCAAAACCCCCACCAAGAAUGGGUUGCCUGGCUCACGGCCCAGCUCUCCAGAGCGUGACGUGAGGAAGACCUUGGAUCUGUCUCUACAGCCUGCCGCAACUCCAUCCAGCGGUAAAACCCUGCCCAUCCCGGUGCAGAUAACCCUCCGCUUUAACCUGCCUAAAGAGAGGGAGGCCGCCCCCGGCUCGCCCGACCAACCCCUCUCCUCCAGCUCCUGCGUCCAGUCAAACCAUCGCUCAACGAAGCGGAAAGUGGAGGUGGUUUCUCCAGCAACCCCCAUCCCUGCUCCAACAGAGACGACACAGGCGUCGGUGUUCCCUCAGAAUGGCUCCGCACGCCGAGCGGUAGCUGCCCAGCCUGGUCGGAAGAGGAAAUCCAACUGCCUUGGCACCGAUGAGAAUAUCCCUCCUGGUUCUUGCGAGCAGGACUCCCAGGACAGUUUGGACGGCAUUCCAUCAGCCCCCCGUAUGACAGGCAGCCUGGUCUCAGACCGCAGCCACGACGAUAUCAUUACCCGCAUGAAGAACAUUGAGUGCAUUGAGCUUGGCCGGCACCGCCUGAAGCCUUGGUACUUCUCCCCCUACCCACAGGAACUCACCGCCCUCCCCAUCCUCUACCUCUGCGAGUUUUGCCUUAAAUACGUCAAGAGCCUCAAAUGCCUCCAGAGGCAUCUGACAAAGUGUGACUUGAGGCAUCCACCUGGAAAUGAGAUCUACCGCAAGGGGACUAUCUCCUUCUUCGAGAUCGAUGGGCGGAAGAAUAAAAGCUAUUCCCAGAACCUCUGCCUGCUGGCCAAGUGCUUCCUGGACCACAAGACCCUCUACUACGACACGGACCCCUUUCUCUUCUAUGUCAUGACAGAAUAUGACAGCAAGGGGUUCCACAUUGUCGGCUACUUCUCUAAGGAGAAGGAAUCCACUGAGGACUACAAUGUCGCCUGUAUCCUGACUUUGCCCCCCUACCAGAGACGGGGCUAUGGCAAGUUGCUGAUUGAAUUUAGUUAUGAGCUUUCCAAGGUGGAAGGGAAGACAGGCACACCAGAGAAGCCCCUCUCAGACUUGGGGCUCCUCUCCUACCGCAGCUACUGGUCCCAAACCAUCCUUGAGAUCCUCAUGAACCUCAAAUCAGAGACGGGGGAACGGCCACAGAUCACCAUCAACGAGAUCAGUGAGAUCACAAGCAUUAAGAAGGAGGAUGUCAUCUCCACACUCCAAUACCUCAACCUCAUCAACUACUACAAGGGCCAGUAUAUCUUGACGCUCUCAGAGGAUAUCGUGGACGGCCACGAGCGUGCCAUGCUCAAGCGAAUCCUGCGCAUUGACUCCAAGUGUCUGCAUUUCACCCCAAAGGACUGGAGCAAGAGGGGGAAAUGGUGAUGGCAGAAAGUCAAAGACUGGCAAACGGGGGAUUGGAGGCUCUUCCUGUCCUCCUCCAUACAUACUGGGACAAGGACCAGGCAGGGUGCAUCUAUGCUCUUGGAAAGACUUUUUCUCCCCUGGAGAGCUGGGAGCCAUGCACCCUUGACUGCUCACUCUUUGUACAUACAGCACUUUUGCAAACCUGCUGCAAGCCGUCGUGUACAGAAGCUGAAAAGCACAGACCAGCUCCCCCAUUCCCUUUCCCUGUUGCUUGAAUAUUUAUAUAUGAGAAGCCCACCAUUGGUUCAGCGCUUGGUGCCUGGACAUCCCGAGUGGCAAAGUAUUUAUGGACAGCUUUCCUAUCGUAUUGGGCUGCAAGGCAACACUACUACGCCUGCCUCUUUUUAAGAGGAGGACUGCUCUGUGUCUGGAACUGAGAAGCAGACAGGCUGGUGUGAACCCAUGGCUACCUUCAAAAGCCACUUUCCAUCACGAGUCCAAGGUUGGCACAGAAAGGAAGAGACCCUCAUCUCCUUUCCAAUUCUUCUGUGGCAGGAUUUAGCGAGACUUUCUCCUGGCCUUUCACCAAAGAAAGGCUGUUCGCGAACCACAGGAGAACUAGGAGCAAGCCCUUUAGCCCCCAAUUUCUGGGAACAGAAUAAACUAACAUCUCUUUUUUAAAACAGCCAAACUGUGUAACUUUGUUGUUGCUUUUCAGCACAAUUCUGGUUCCCAGGAACCAAACCCGUCU